AUGGACGCAGAAAACUUACCGGAUCCGGGGAAUAUCCAAGGAUUUACGAUUCGGGUUACCGAAAGCUUGUUAAAUAGGCUAGGCGACGGAUUUUCACGGCGUUCGCCGAUGGAAGGAGACGUUGGUGUCCAGGUCCGGACACCUCGGGAGCGACAGCUCGUGGAGCAAGUUCAAGCAAUAGAGCGACGUAAACGCAUUGAGCUCGCGAAACGUGUUCAGUCACGUUUGCAGCAGCUCGAAGAACGAAGGCUCCUUCAGGCAAGGGAGGCAGCGGAGCGCAAGUUGCAGGAACUGGAGCAGAAGGACUAUGCAGCUCCGGCACCGGUGGGCGCCCUGCCGUGUUCCGCUGAACGCCGAGCGCUCUUUCGCUGCUAUAAGGAAAACCCGAACCCCUUGCAGUGUGGUCUAGAGGUGUCAGCUUUUGAACAAUGCGCGAAAGAGGUCGAGCUCCAGGUUCUGCGUAGGGAACUCGGGCCGCAGCACGCGGCGAACGUUGCCGCUGCCCGCAGCUCUGCGUCCGAGUGA